GAUCCUGACUUUUAUCCAUCAAAGAUCAAGCCAGACAAACCGUCAGUUCCUUUGGACCUGAAACCAAAGGCUGUGCUUUUUAAGCAGAACUUCAUGAGUUCUGUUCUGGCCGUCAGGCUGAACAACUGGAUGGUUUUCUUCAUUGGAACAGCAGAUGGACAGCUAAUCAAGCUUUCUGUGGACAGGAAGUACCAGCCCUCCUGUCCACAGAUCCUCCUCAGAACCAGUGGAGACAACAAAGUGUUUCCAAAACUCCAACUGGAUCCAGUGGAUCAGAAACAUCUCUAUGUGCCGUUUAAAAACCAGGUUCAACGUGUUCCAGUGUCAAACUGCACAACUUACCAAACUGUGAAGGAUUGUCUUUCUGCCCAGGAUCCAUUCUGUGUCUGGUGUGUUUCUGAGAAAAGCUGCUCAUUUAAAGACAACUGCAGAGGUUCAGAGAGGCUGUCCAUCCCUGAUGAAUCCAAGCAGGAAAUAGUUUCUCACAGAUUUCUGAAGGACUCCACAGGAGAGAUAAAAAUAAUAAUCCAAUCACACCUGACUACAGAGAAGAUUCAGUCUAACUUCACCUGUGAUUUCUCUACAACCUCCACCCAGCUUUGUAAAAACCAAGAACCAAAACCACAGUACCCACAAUGCACCUGCAUUCUCAGUCACACACUCCUUGCUAACGAUCUUGAUGUCACCAUAAAGAUCAAACUUGGAAGCACAGAUCUAAUAGAACAACUAAAGAUGAUCAACUGUUCCAGUAUCCAUGGUCAGCCUAGUUUUCACCUGUGUCAGCGGUGUAUCAGAGCAGGAUGUGGAUGGAGACAGAACAGCUGCUCCUGGGCCACUGAUGCAGUCAGCAACGACGGUGUCUGUGCAGAUAUCGAGUUUGGGACGAACUUUUCUAAACCAGAGAUCUCCUCCGUCUCUCCCAGUGUUGUGUCUUUCUAUGGCAGAAAUCAGGCUGUGCUGUCGGGUCGUAACCUCAGAGAUGUGACCAGAGUCAGGAUUAAAGCUGACCUGGACUGUGACCCAAAGGAGUCUCCUGUGUGGAACAACAGUGGUCUCAGUCUGUUGUUCCACAUUCCCGAAGUCAAAACUACAGGUGUGGUUAAAGUGUGUGUCUUACUCCCAGAUGAAAGUUGCCACGGCGACGUGGAAGUCGUCUAUUUAUCAUCACCAGUCUGCACCAACAUCGUACCAAGUAGCAGCUGGAAAAGUGGGAACAGGAGAGUCUCUCUAACUGGAACCCAUCUGGAUCUAGUGGAGGGGAUCGCACACAGCCACACCACUCAGGAAGUCGUGUUGACCACAAACAGCAUCUACCAGACUCUUGUCUAUGAAACACCAGCAGCGGAGAAUGACCGGAGCUCCAGCAGCGCCGUGUUUCUGAAAGUAGCCAAUCGAAGCUUAGAGUGUCUUGAAAAGAUGACCUACUAUCCAGAUCCAGAGUUUACCAGCUUCACAGCCAUGAGCAUGGGGGAGAAGACCCGCAUCUUUAUCCAAAAAAAGGCAGAUAACCUGGAGAUGGCGCUAGCAGAGUUGUCAGUUUGGGGCAUUAAGGAUGAAAAGCAAUAUCCCUGCAUUGUAAAAUCCAAAGAAAACGGCGACAAAACAGAAACUAUCAUCUGUGAGAUCCAAGGUUCACAAAAUGAUGACUUCACACACAUAAAGAUCCAUUACGGAAAGGAAACAAUAAAUCUGCAGAUUUUGUCUUUAUUUCAUAAAGUCCUUCUGAUUGUGCGGCUCUUGCUGAUACCCUGCAUUGUUGCCGUGCAGGUGAUUAUUUGUAUGUGGAAAAGACGGACUGACGGCUGAGACAAAACUCUGAUCACCCGACGGUUUCUGGAAGUAAAACUUCAAUGAAGAGGGGUGCAUUCUUAUUUGCUUGAACAGCUUUGUGUUUCUUUUGUUGUGUAUCUUGAGGAUUAAAAAGUCUUCUGAAUUCCUCAAACCUCUGUCUUUCUGGAACAUCAAGUUUUUUUAAAAUGAACUUAGCAAAUCAAGAAAUCCGUUUUCAGGGCCGGCCCAAGGUCAUAUGGGGCCUUAAACAGAACUUGAUUUGGGGUAUGUCCUGCUCAGAACAUUAACACCUCUAACAGCGUUGUAGACCAGAAGUGGCAAAAUCUGGGCAAGGGGGCGGAGCUUAAAGCAAUCUGACCAAAUUAUUGGUUAUUUGCUGAGAUGUAUUUAUAGACAAACCGAAGAUCAAACACAGAACAUUAAAGUCAUAACAUCAGAUUGUAACAAUAGUAACAUAAUCACUGUGAAGUUUUCUUUUUUUUAUAGUUUUACAAAGUAAACUUUAGUUGUUCAAAUCUUUUAAUUUAACUGUGUGGAAACCUUCACAUCAAACGUAAUAUUCUCAUUCUCUAUAAACAAAAAUUUUAAAUAUGUUUAUAUUCAAAUCCAUGAAGGCCCCUGAUGAUCUACAGGUUCUAUGUAGUUUGCUUAUGCCUUGGGCCGGCUCUGUUUGUUUUUCACCUUUGUUGAUUGAACCGUUUUGUUGUUUUCUUUUUCGGUGUUUAUCUGUUCCUGUAGUAGAUAACAAAUAUGCAUGCAAAUAAUGCUUAUGAACUGUGUAAAAGCUUCUUCCAAGCAUUGAAUUUCUAAAUGUUGACAAUAAUGGAAAAAGCAUUUUUUGCUAAAAUAUUAUUGUUCAUGUACAAACACAUUUUUUUCUUAAAAGGGAUGUUUUCUACUGCUACAAAUACAUAUUUUGAAUGAUUCAUAUCUUAGUCAACAAAUACACAAUUCCUAUGUUGACCUUCUGUUUUAUUUGGACGAAAAUUAAAG